UGAACUCACUCCACUCGCAGCUGAAGGAUGGAGCGCUCCAGCUAAGAGCGGGGACGCGUUCGCAGCCUCGGUUCAUAGCCCGACUGUCACGGAGAGUAAGAGUGUUUUUUUGUGGUUUGGAGCCCCUUCACCGCGUUCGCCUGGGCGUCAUUGCUUCUUCACUCCCCGUUUCUGUCUGCGGUGGAACAGGACAGGCUGACACUGAUGGGCGGGCUGGGCAUUUGGGCACUCCCCAUCCUGCUCGGAGCCUCUUUCUGGCAGGCCUACGAAGGACGAGGCAGCGUUGAAACAGUGAACAGCGCGGAGGAGGCCCCGGAGGGACUUCGGGAAGUGCAACAUACAGCAACCGAGAAGAAAGACAACCAAUAUGGGGGGCUGUGCCGGACAACUUACUGCGGAAGGGGCCGAGAGUGUGUGGUCAGGCAGCUGACAGGGCAGGCGGACUGUGUGUGCCAGGAGAAAUGCCACAGCUCGUUUGUACCCGUCUGCGGUUCUGAUGGGCAUUUCUACGAGAACCACUGUGAGGUGUAUCGCGCAGCCUGCCUGCAGAAGAGGAGGAUCUAUGUCGUACACAGCAAAGACUGUUUCUUCAAAGCCGAUACAUGUACCAUGGCCGAGUACAACAAGCUGAAGAACAUGCUGCUGGACAUGCAGCCCAAAGGCUUGACAAAGGGCGAAGAUACGCUUGCAAACACAAUGGACCAGAAGAGGGCCCUGGUUGACACCAUGUUCAAGUAUUUGGAUAUGAAUCACGAUGGGCACCUAAGCAGUGAAGAGCUAGCACAGAUCUCCAUGAAGGAGCAUUUGGAGGACAGCUUAUUGGAGUGCACCAUGCAAGACCUGAUGCGAUAUGAUGACUACAACAACGACGGCGUCCUCACCCUGCAGGAGUUCUACACAGCAUUUCAGGUUGUUCAGCUUAGUCUCCCAGAAGAUGAGAGGGUGAGCGUUGCCACAGUGACCGUGGGCCUGAGUACAGUGCUGUCCUGCACUAUCCAGGGAACACUGAGGCCACCAAUCAUCUGGAAAAGGAAUGGCAUUGUCCUUAACUUUCUGGACCUGGAAGACAUUAACGACUUUGGUGAUGACGGCUCCCUCUAUAUUACCAAGGUGACAACCAUCCACAUGGGAAACUAUAGCUGUCACGCAUAUGGCUACGAGGAGCUGUCCCAGACCCACGUGCUGCAGGUGAAUGUCCCUCCAGUAAUCUUGGUCUACCCAGAGACUCAGGCCCAGGAGCCAGGUGUAGCUGCCAGUUUGCAUUGCCAUGCCGACGGCAUCCCCAACCCUAAACUAACCUGGCUGAAGAACGGCCUCGAUCUGCAGCCCCAUGGCUCCAAGCAGCUCUCACUCAUUGCUAAUGGCAGCGAGCUGCACAUCGGCAGCGUGCGCUACGAAGACACGGGAGCCUACACCUGCAUUGCCAAAAACGAAGUAGGAGUGGAUGAAGAUAUCUCCUCUCUCUUCGUAGAAGACUCUGCACGAAAGACAUUGGCGAACAUUCUGUGGCGAGAAGAAGGGCUGAGUGUGGGAAAUAUGUUCUAUGUUUUCUCGGACGAAGGGAUCACGAUACUACAGCCUGGUGACUGUGAGAUUCGUCGACAUAUCAAGCGGAGUGAGAGGAUUGUGGCCAGCUAUGAAGAAAUGUGUCCCAAAAGCGAGGGUAUUACACCUCAGCACUGUGUGUGGGCCUCUGCAGUCAGUGUGAGGGACAAAUACGUCUAUGUCUCCCAGCCUCUUCAGAAGCGACUGCUGGUCAUUGAUACUCAGGCACAGAAAGUGGUGCAGGCCGUGGAAACAGACCCAGUGCCAGUGAAGCUGUUCUAUGACAAAUCCCAUGACCAGGUGUGGGUGCUGAGCUGGGGAGAUAUACAGAAGACCCACCCUACCUUACAGGUCAUUGCGCAGGCCAGUGUAGGGGAGCUGCACUACACCAUCCGCACCAAGUUCCAACGAGUAGAGGACUUCUACAUCCCACCCACCAACCUCAUUAUUACCCACGUUAGGUUUGGCUUUGUCUUUUUGAAAGCGGAGGCUGCGGUGCAUAAAAUUGACCUGGAGACCCUCCAUCACGUCAAGACCAUCAGUUUGAAGAACUAUAGUUGUGUGCCUGCAAGCAUGGCUUAUACUCACUUGAGUGGUUACUACUUCAUCCAGUGUCAAGGGAAGAACAAUUCCAGCCCGCAGCUUCUGGUCGACAGUGUUACUGAUGCCAUCAUCGGGCCUAAUCGUGGUGUCACCGGACAUCCUUUUGUGUCCCCAGACGGUCGCUAUGUGGUCACACCAGACAAUGGGAACAGCAAGCUUCAAAUUCAGACCAUCUCAUUCCAGGGCAAGCUUCAGUUAGGCCCAAAGUUAGACGUCCCAGCUCCUGUAUCAGACUUGGUUUUCCAGCCAUCUUUUGCUGAGUCCAACCAGUAUGUGACGGUCGCCUCCUCAGCUCAGGGUUCUGACCUACUCUUUUCCAACCUGUCCACAGGGGCGAGCAAAGUGGUCAGGAGUCUCAAAGAGCCGCUUCUAGCCAAACACUGGCCUUGGGGCAGCGCCAACAGAGUGGUGGUAUCCAGUGGCCUGUUUGGGCAGUAUCUGGUCACACCUUCAGCGGAGUCACUGUUUGUUCUGGAUGGCAGACAGAACAGCCUUCACUGUGAGGUGUCAGACAUCAAGCGAGGAAACACAGUGGUCUGGAUCGGUGAGGUAUGAGCCAUGGACCGCUGGCCGGUUCCGCGCCCAACAGCGUUGGCCAGUCAGGCCAAUGCCACGGAACACUUUUGAAUGGACAUAAAUGGACUCAACCCUGGGACUGAGCGAGAAGAACACACACGGGUUACUGUAAGAAAAGUACACACACACACACACACACACAUACACACACAAAAUAGAGUAAUUGACAUCUAUUACGGGAACCUAUUAUGUUAAGAGGGAUUGGGUGAUGAUGCCCUUCAGUGCAACAGUGAUCUAUGAGCACUCACCCAACAAAGAGAUGUAAAUUUUUUGCACUUCCUUGUAACACAGAUAUAGUAAGUUAAGCAAAACAAGAAAGGAUAGAUGACAAACCUUUUGAAAAUGAACUAUGCACAAAGCUAAUAUUAAUUUCUUUAGACUUCAGCGUUUUUUUUAUUUCCCAGGAUGUCUGUCUGUCACCAAUGCUGCAUAUAGUCACUAUAAGAAAUAUGUCUGUCAAACGAAAUGUGUCUUUUUGAAACUAUGUUCUUCUGUCUCUUGCUAGUGAACAUGAUAGUGUCUGUCUGCCUUGUCCAAAUGUUUUCUUACUAGACUCAAAUCAGUGUUUUGUUACAUGCCAGUCUCCAUUAAGAAUGUUCAUAUUCCACCAAGUUCUGUUGGUUAUUCAUUCAUCAGAAAGCAAAAACAUACAGGAACAUCCCCUGAUCUAGAUCAAGUGAAGUUGUGAAAACCCUCCUUAUUAGCUACAACCUACAACCCUUUUAUCCUCAAAGCCUGACUGGUGCAAAAAAAGUAUUUAUUUAUUUUUUAAUAUACAUGUAUUUUCUAUUAAGUGUACACCUAGCACAUCACAGAAGUUCUGUCUGAAUUAUGUAUUAUUCUUAACAGUUUCUUUUUUUUCAUUUCUUAAAUAUUCAUUUUGUUUGUUUUUCUUGUUUUCAAGAGCCCCUGACAUUCAUAGUAUAUACGUUGCAACAGCAUCUUAUAUGAAUACAACAACAGUUCAGUACCCCGUUAUUUAUGUUCAAAUAUUAUUACAAAUGCCACAGUACAUAUAGAUCAAGAAGAAUGAAAGUAAUAUGUAAGAAAUGAAAAAUUGAGAAUAAUUAGAUUUUGGCCUGAUGUAAUAAUACAAUACUGUUCAAAAGUUUGGAUUCAGCAAUAUAAAACAAAUUUGAUUAAAUGUACCAGGGGCAUAGGUACAUUGGGCUCUGUGGGGGGGGGGGGGGGUGUAAACCAGACCCCCCAGAUUUCUGAUUAUUAAAAAAAAAAAACAGUUCUACAAUGACAAUGAAAUUUUUACAAAAGGUAAUUGGGCAAAUUGUGCUGUUUCUUGCAUUCUUUAUGGCUUAAAUAAAUAAUAGACAAAUUAUGGCAGAUGCUAUCAUCCUGGCAGCAUUCAAAUGCUUGUGAAUUAGCAUCAAUUACGCAAAACCUUUUCUCAAAACGAACGAGUAAACAGAGCAUUAGCUUGCUCCACUGUUUGGUGAGAACUUGAGAAGCUGAGUUCACGCUUACUUAGCUAGUGAGUAGUAGUGCUUCAUUGUGGUGAAGAAAACAAACUUCAGUACUGGCAGAAAAAACAUGUGCACCCAUUUGCACUAGUCCCCAACACGGAAUGUGGACAACUGUUAACUAGCCUUUACUCACUGUGGUAUGCUGUCAGUUGUCAUAGUAGCCAACAUUGGCCAGUUAAAUAUGAGGAAAGCAAUCAUGUGUUAUGUUUAGUAUAAAAAAAUGUUUCCUUCUUAUGGUAUGAAUAAUUUUCUAACAAUUUAGCUAUAAUGCACUUGGCUAAUUGGCAGUGGACAUCCUCCAUAGCAAUGUCAUUGGGCCUUAAUACUUAAUAGCUGGCCCCCAUCCUGUAAACAGACCCCCCUAGAAUGAAAUUCUGGCUAUGCACUGGCAGGUACAUGCACCUUCUUAGAAUUCAGCUCAUUCUGAUAAUCGAUAUCUUCUAAUCAAGAAAUGACUAUGAAUGCGUAAUUACAGAUUAUAUUUUGCCAUUUAAUAGUUUUUGGUGUUCCCAAAAUACUUUAUUGAAAUAUUGAAUUAACCAUGUUGAAAUACCUUCUGAUAUGGGCAUAGUAUACUAUAGGGUACAGUAUUGCAGUGUACACUGUUUAGAUAAUAAAAUAAUAUUAAUAUGACAAAUUAUUCUACAUGGUAGUGUAUAUAAAAUAUGUCAAAUCUGGAUUUUAGUUGUUGUUCAAUUUAAGGGUGUACUAUGGUUUUAUGUAUAAAAAGGUAAUAAAUUGGUAGGACUUAAUGCAAGACGUUAUUGACUAUUCUAGCAGCUGAUUCUUUUUACAGAAAUAUGGCCUCCCCUAGACAGUGCUUUGCCAAAUCCCACAAGAAAUCACCCCAAAAAAAGCCAGACUGUGAUUGUAACACUGGGGAGCUUUUUGCACUUUUAGUCAUUAAGUGAUUUCAUACCCUUUUCAAGUGGAAAGGGAGUUCUUAGCAACAUUAGACCACUGUUGCACUGAUGCAAACUGAAGUAAUACAACCAAUUUAGGAAUUUCUAACCACAGGCAAAUGUACAGUAUAGGAUCUAGGUUUGUUAGCAUUUAAGAUGGCCUGAUGGAUUAGCUUGAAGUCAGUGCUGUAGGGCACGUGCACUUGGUAUAUGUCAGUUUAAGUCUUCUUAAAGGGUGGCAUACCAAAAUCAUGUUCUGUGGAGGAUCACAAAGUUUUAACAGCAAGUUUAGAUUACCAAACCGAGUCAGGUAACAAUAGGUUCCAAUUUCUGGCCUUUACAUUCAUUAAUCACCUGCACAUGGCUCUGAGUUUGCAUCCUUUAAAUGUAAUAUUCACUUGUCCCUGUUAAACAACAUUAAAGAAAACCCGGCCAGAACCUAAACCAUGUCAGUGUAAUAGACAUUAGAUUCAUUGUUGUAAUUCUAUUGUUCUUGUUAGAACACUGAAAAAAAAUGUACAGAUUUGAGUUUUGUGUGUUCUGCUUUAUGACGAAAAUGGUUUGUAAAAAAAACUGACUAAUAAAAAAGGAAUAAAAAAAUU